UGUCAGUUCUCUAAGCAUAUUAGACGUUGAUAAGGAGAGCUCAGAAGAAUUGUAAAAAUCUCAUAGAGGAAGUUGUGUAAAACUAUCUGUUCGCGUGUGAAAAGUGCCUACUGUAUUACUGCGACUGUUGACCCCUCAGACACGACCUGUUAUGAUGUCUGUUAUUAAUAUUUGAGUGCACAUUAUCAGGGCAGUCGUUCACUAGUCAAUCAUGCGUAACAGACGUGCGACUUUCAUCAUCAUAGCUGCUGCUGUUUUGGCUGCGUUCUUUGUUACUGCAAAUGGUGUUAAACGCAGUGAUCUUCAGUGUCCAGAAGAUGAGUGCGCAACGAUUCACUGUCCACACGAUCAAAGCGAAUGCCUGUUGGGUCUGGUGCCGGAUGGAUGUGACUGUUGUCCGUACGGUGUAUGCGGUCACAAUGAAGGCUCAGAGUGCAACGCUAAAAAGCCUUGUGCAAACACUAUGGAAUGCGUUAAACUAGAAGAAGACGAGACAAUUUACCGGUGUGUCUGCAAAGAAAAGGAAAUUGUAUGUGGAUCGGACAAUUCAACGUAUUUGACAGUUUGUCAUUUAAACGAAGUUUCCGCUAAACUUGGCAACAAUAGUUUAUUGUUGAUACAAUACUUGGGACCUUGUACCAGAGAACCAAGUUUUAAUUCAUUUCCUAAAGACGUUUACAGUACUAUCGGCCAACCAGUAAUAUUUGAAUGUGAAAUCAAAGGGUUUCCGGUACCAAAUGUUAGUUGGAGUUUUACAGAUACAGCAAUUGUUACUAAAUCAUUACCGGGUGACGAUAUAGCAAUAGCGAUACAAACCAGAGGUGGACCAAAUCGCUUUACUGUCACAUCAUGGGUACAAAUUUUAGAUUUCAAACCUGAACACGUGGGUAACUAUACAUGCAUAGGCACUAAUUCAGAAGGAACGUCAAUGGCUUCUGCAAAAUUAGGUAUAAGAGAAAUAUUUUAGUGUUAUAAUAUUUUUAUUUUGAAAUUUUUUUUAUAAAUUUAUUACAUUUUGAAUUUUAAGAUUUUAAUCAAAUGAAAUUUAUAUAAAAAAAAUAAAUUUUAUGAAUUAAUGA